GAGCCCCCGCGUUCGAGGAGUCCCUGCUGGAGGUCGAGCUCCUGUCCCUGGCCGGCGUCGGCGGGCCCGGCUCCUCGCUCGAGGAGGCGGGGCGGGCGCUCCUCAGGCGCGGAACCCCUCAGCAGUACCAGGUCGAGGUGUCACACGGCGCCGUCAGCAGCCGGAGCCGCCCCGUCAGCCUGGCGGAGGAG